AUGGAUUCAUCGGGCUUAUUUCCCGCAAAAGGGUCUAAACAGGACCAAGGUGUCCAGGUCAAUCUUGUUGCAGUGCCCGACGGCGCCUCCACGCCAGGAACUGCCUCUCCACCGAGCGAGCCAGAGUCAAAAUUCGACCUAGUCACCUGGAAUGGCCCUAACGACCCCGAAAACCCGCAGAAUUGGCCACCGCAUAAGAAACUGCUUCGAUCCUUCGCACCAUUAGCCGUCAUAUUCUCCAUCUCAUUCUGCUCGAGUAUCUUCGGGUCUGCCACCAGCGUCACAGCUCAGCAAUAUGGCGUAUCGGAGGAAGUAAUGAGUCUAGGCGUUGCACUUUUCAUGGCUGGAUAUGCAGUCGGUCCACUUAUAUUCGCACCUAUGGCGGAGGUAGUAGGUAACUUGCCCGUCAUGGUGGUUGCUUUAGCCGGGUGUGGGAUCUUCCAGAUCCCACUUGCAUUAGCCCGCAACGUCACCACGAUCCUAGUAUCUCGAUUUCUGGCAGGAAUGCUAGGGAGUGGCGGUCUCGCCGUUGGAUCGGGAUUAUUGGCCGAUAUCUUCGGCCCGAUCACGCGGGGCAUUGCUGUCGGGACAUCCGCUUCAAUCAUGAACCUGGGUUCAACCAUCAGUCCAAUUGUCGGAGCAUACAUCGUCGACAGAUACAACUGGCGCUGGACCGCAUGGACAUCUUUGAUCCUCUGCGGGGUGGUCGGACUCCUUUGCAUCGCACUAUUGCGAGAAUCCUCGCACAAUCGCCUCCUCAUGCGUCGGGCAGCCCACCUGCGCCGCGAAACAGGUAAUCCGAACUACCGAGCGCGAGCGGAAAUGGCCUCCCUAAACCCGCAAGUACUGCUUCGAAAAUACUGCACGAAGCCCAUUCGCAUGUUCUGCCAAGAGCCCAUUCUCAUCGUGAUGACAACUUAUCUGACCCUAGUCUACGGCACGCUGUACCUCUCGUACCAGCUAUUCCCACGGGCAUUUCGAAUACGUGGUUGGAGCGUGCCUACUGCCACUCUCCCAUUUGCCGCUGUUGGCUUGGGCGUGUUGUCUGCUUUGGGGGUUUUCUCUCUCUUCACAAUGACCUGGUACAAGAGGCAAUGGGUACGUGCACAAAAGGCAGCGGUAGACGACGUCCCAGCCCGCGUGCCUCCUGAAGAUAGACUACCGCCGAUGAUAUUGGGUGCAGUAUUGCUUCCGCCGAGUCUGCUUUGGUUUGGCUGGAGUGGGGAUACGCAUUGGGUUGCGCAGGUGAUUGCCUGCUUCUUCAUCGGACUGUCUCUACAGCUCAUUUUUAUCACGGGUAUCGCGUAUAUUGUUGAUGUUUACCUGUUGAACACGGUGUCGGCUAUUAGUAUUCAUGUGAUGGUACGAAGCCUUGUGUCUGCGUCCUUUCCAUUAUUUGAAGGCCCGAUGUAUGAGACACUGCACAUCAACUGGUCGGCUACACUGCUGGCUUGUCUAUCCGCAUGCAUCAUGGCAUCGCCGAUCAUUUUUAGAAUCCAUGGAGCUCGGAUCCGGAGCUGGAGUCGGUUUUCAGUGGGCGGGAUUUAG